UAUUGGGCACACACAACAGGGCCAAGGAGGUUUUUUCGGUAACUUUAUUUCAAUACUUUACUACACCGCGCGGUUCCAGAAAUUGUCCGGUUUUCCGAUCGUCCCAGAAUGGGCCCUCUGCAGUAGUCCUUUUCGGUGGUCGCAGCUCCCUUCGGGUCCCCUAGGUUGUGGGGUACACCUUUCUGCGGAAUCGCCGCCGCGACAGAAGAAGUGCGUACGAUUCGCUCGGCGAAACGCGGUUCUGCGUGUGUUUUCUAGCUUUUGGUGAACUGGUUGGCGGAUGCUUCUUCCGAUAGACUACUUCGUCGACGGCAAAACUUUUAUGAAUUUCCUGGUGUCGCGUGCUGCGAGAUCGGGUUGUGCUGUGUGUGCGGGUGCCAUUCGGGGUGCGCGUUAAGUAUCGAAACAUAAACAAGUGCCGAGUGGCGCGUGUUGGGAGAACCGAAAAGAGCUGCAACGCAGACGCAAAACCUCGUGAAAAUGUCCAUCCUAGUGCAAGAGAACGGCGGUGGAGGUGGUGGCGCCAAUCCGGGAACCAACGGGGCUUCCGUGGCGUUGUCUACCAGUGAUCUGACGCCGGCCGUGGAUGCCGAAGAAGAACGAUACGAUAGCCGCUGGAGACAAUGUUUGGAGCAGCUCUCGCAGAAAACGGUGGUGUACAGCUGCAAGUGCAGCUCUGCUCAAAAUGAGCCGGCAACGCAGGAUUCCAGCGAACCAGGGCUUCUCAGUGUUGCUGAAGCGCACGGAGAACACAUAUUUCCGGUCAGGUGCGGCUGCCAAAGUUGCCUGGAUUUGCGCGAGAUGGUCAUUCACCUGUACAACGAGGACUGCCACUACAACUCGCUCUGGGAACGGCUGCAGCUCCUGAUGAAGCGAUACUAUGAUCUUAUACCCGAGUCCUCCGGUAACACGCUGUACAGCUGAUGACCAAGUCGUCACUAAAGUGGCUAACCGGCUUAUCUAAAGGGCACAAGUUAGGGUGCAUAAGAAUGGCUAAAAUGGGAAUACAUGGUACAUUGCCCCAAAAACUUGCUGGGUGCGGAAUCUAAGCUCACGGUUGAAGCAUAAAAUAUCGCACAUGUUAUCACAUGCUAGGGUACACUUGAUCGAGUGGCAAUGUCAUGUCGGUGCACUUGAAUUGAACCGUCCCAAUCUAAUUGGAAUGCAGCAUCCUCUCAAUUUGUCUACCUAUUGGUGGAAACCUAUUGGUAAUCUGGUGGAACUUGCAGUUCACCAUAGCAAUGCGCUAAUGUCUAGACGAUGUCGUUGAACCAAAGCCGUAUCAGAAUGGAGGGAAAAAUUGCAUUCAUGGGCGUAUCAGAAGGAGAGCCUUGGUCUACCGAGUGGUACACCAGAGGUAGUUAAAGCUCUCCAAAACGAUGCCAAGGCCGAGGAGCUAUUUAAAAAAAAUCUAAUCAGCUAAAUGUGAUGGUGAAGGCGAUUCGGCUGCUCGCCAAAUUGCCGAAAACGGUAUACGACAAGACAAGACC